AUGGAAAGUACUCUUUUUCCUUCGCCUUCUUUGUGGCUGAGGGGGAGGUUUUUAGCUUUUGCAGGGUCCCCUUCUCUGAGGGCAUAUCCUCUCAUCUCCGUCAUCACCAGGCAGCCUUCUGUGGUCCCUCACCUCGUCCCAGCAGCCACCAGCUCCCGAGUGCUGCCAGCCCAGGUCUCCUCAGGGACUGCCAGCUCAGAGACACCAGCCAGUGAGACCCAUGCCAGCAGCGAGUCAGAGGCAGAACAGCCCACGCCUCGGUUGAAAAAGCCACGCCGGAGUAGGACCAUCUUCACGGAGCUUCAGCUGAUGGGCUUAGAGAAGAAAUUCCAGAAGCAGAAGUAUCUUUCUACUCCGGACAGGCUGGACUUAGCUCAAUCGUUGGGGCUGACUCAGCUCCAGGUGAAGACGUGGUAUCAGAACCGUAGGAUGAAGUGGAAGAAAAUGGUGCUGAAAGGUGGGCAGGAAGCUCCCACAAAGCCCAAAGGCCGUCCAAAGAAAAACUCCAUUCCCACCUCGGAGGAAAUUGAAGCAGAAGAGAAAAUGAACAGCCAGGUUCAGAAUCAGGAGCUGGAGGGGUCUCAAGCCCCUGAGGAGCCUACAUCAACAGAGGAGAAGCCAGGAGUCUCUUUGGAGACAGAGAAGACUCCAGACCAUAUACCAGAGCCCUCCUCAGAGGAGACUACACCAUUAAGUUAAAAGGGGAAGAAAAGGGAAA